GGGGUGAUGACGAAGCCAGAGAGCUGGCCAGAGGCAGCCACAGCUCACUCAUUUGUCUGUGAGGCUUGUUGGCUUUUGAAAUGAGACAGGAAGGAGGGUUGAGGUGGAGCCCGGCACAGGAAGAGGUGAGGAGCCCCGGCUGCCGUGACAGCCGGUGGGCUCAGGGGAGUGCAGGAGCUGGCGGGCCGCGUCCCCGCUGCCCUGCACAGUCAGCAGCCCCCGAUCCAUCUGGACAGGGAUCACUCCCGCCCUGGACAGAUUCUCUCGGCUGAGGGGCCCAGCUGACCGGCCGCAGAGAUUUCCAGGACAUCCUGCCCUCCGCCCAGCUGCCUCUGUCCACUGGAGCAGGACGGAGCCCAGAAGUGCCAGGAUGGAGCAACCCCAGUCCCCCAGUCUUGGCCUCCCUCGGGAAAUGAGGCCUGGGAGACCCAUGGACAAAGGAUGGCUGACCCCUGCCCGCUGAGUGCCUGGGGCCCUGCUGGAGGGGCUGCCAAGGGCUGGACACCCUGCCCACUGCAGGUUACAAAUGAGGACACCACGGCACAGAGAGCUCAGGCGGCCUGUCCAGUGUCGCACAGACGCCCCUGGCCGCAGUCCCCGACUCCAUGAGAAAGCAGGAAUUGCGCCCGGGUGGGGAGACUGGCCAGGGCCACACUGCCAGCUCCCCAGCCGAGCAGGUGAAAGCCCUGGUGGACCUGCUGGCCGGGAAAGGCGGUCAGGGUUCCCAGGCCCCGCAGCCCCCCAACAGGACGCCAGAAUGCCCGCUGAAGCCCCGUGGCAAUGACUUGAGGAUACAGAAGCACCGGGAGGCCCUGCUGAACAGGACUGGGGGCGGCCCCGAGCUGGGCAGCCCCUCCCCAAGGCUGACCAGCCUCCUGAUGGUGGAGGGCCUGACGGACCUGCAGCUGAGGGAGCACGACUUCACGCAGGUGGAGGCCACGCGCGGGCGCUGGUGCUCAGCCAAGACCAUAGCCCUGGACAGGCUCUUCCUGCCCCUGUCGCGUGUGUCCAUCCCCCCCCGCAUCUCCAUCACCAUCGGGGUGGCCGGAGUGGGCAAGACCACCCUGGUGAGGAACUUUGUUCACCUCUGGGCCCGAGGGCAGGUGGGCAAGGACUUCUCGCUGGUACUGCCCCUGACCUUCCGGGAUCUCAACACCCAUGAGAAGCUGUCUGCAGACAGACUCCUCCGCUCCGUCUUCCCGCACGCUGGGGAGGCAGGCCUGGCGUCAGUGGCGCUGAGCAAAGCCCUCCUGGUCCUGGAUGGCCUGGACGAGUGUAAGACGCCCCUGGACUUCUCCAAUACUGUGGCCUGCAUGGACCCCAAGAAGGAGAUCCAGGUGGACCACCUGAUCACCAACAUUAUCCGGGGCAACCUCUUCCCGGAAGUGUCUGUCUGGAUCACCUCCCGUCCCGGCGCUGCUGGCCAGAUUCCGGGGGGCCUGGUGGACCGGAUGACCGAGAUCCGGGGCUUCAGCGAGGAGGAGAUCAAGACCUGUCUGGAGCAGAUGUUUCCCGAGGACCCUGUCCUCACAGGCUGGGUCCUGAGCCAGGUGCAGGCUGACCGGACCCUGUAUCUCAUGUGCACCGUCCCGGCCUUCUGCCGGCUGGCGGGGGCAGCGCUGGGCCACCUGCACCGCAAGAGGCCAGGGCCCCCGGACGCCGAGCUGUGGCCCCCGAGGACCCUGUGUGAGCUCUACUCGUGGUACUUCAGGAUAGCCCUUGGUGGAGAGGGGCAGGAGAAGGCCAAGGCGAGCCCCCGCAUCGAGCAGCUGGCCCACGGCUGCCGCAAGCUGGUGGGCACGCUGGGCCGGCUGGCCUUCCACGGGCUGGUCAGGAAGAAGUACGUGUUCUACGAGCCCGACCUGAAGGUGCUGGGCGUGGACCUCGCGCUGCUACAGACGGCCCUGUGCGGCCGCUUCCUGCAGCGGGAGGAGACGCUGGCCUCCGCGGCCGCCUACUGCUUCACCCACCUGUCCCUGCAGGAGUUCGUGGCGGCCGCGUACUACUGCAGCGCCUCCAAGAGGGCCAUCUUCGACCUUUUCACCGAGGGCGGCAUGUCCUGGCCCCGGCUGGGCUUCCUCACACACUUCCGGAGUGCGGCCCAGCGGGCCAUGCAGGCUGAGGACGGGCGGCUCGACGUCUUCCUGCGAUUCCUCUCAGGCCUCUUGUCCCCAAGGGUCAACGCGCUGCUGGCCGGCUCCCUGCUGACCCAGGGCGAGCACCAGGGCUACCGGGCCCAGGUGGCCGAGCUCCUGCAGGGCUGUCUGCGCCCCGACGUGGCGGUCUGCGCCCGGGCCAUCAACGUUCUGCACUGCCUACGCGAGCUGCAGCACACCGAACUGGCCCGCAGCGUGGAGGAGGCCGUGGCCAGCGGGGGCCUGGCCAGGCUGACCAGCCCCCCGCACCGUGCCGCCCUGGCCUACCUCCUGCAGGUGUCCGACGUCUGCGCCUGGGAGGCACCCCUGCCCCUGUGCCUCAGCCCGGGCGUCCUCCAGAGCCUGCUGCCCCAGCUGCUCUACUGCCGGAGCUUGAGGCUGGACACCAACCAGUUCCAGGACCCCGUGAUGGAGCUGCUGGGCAGCGUGCUGAGUGGGAAAGACUGUCGCAUUCAGAGGAUCAGCUUGGCUGAGAAUCAGAUCAGUAACAAAGGGGCCAAAGCUCUGGCCAGAUCCCUCCUUGUCAACAGAAGCCUGACCACUCUGGAUCUCCGCAGUAACUCCAUCGGACCUCAGGGGGCCAAGGCGCUGGCAGAUGCUCUGAAGAUUAACCGCACCCUGGCCUCUCUGAGCCUCCAGAGCAACAGGAUCAGGGACGACGGUGCCAGGUCCAUGGCUGAGGCCUUGGCCGCCAACCGGACCCUCUCCGUGCUGCACCUGCAGAAGAACUCCAUCGGGCCAGUGGGAACCCAGCAGAUGGCAGAUGCCCUGAAGCAAAACAGGAGUCUGAAGGAGCUCAUGUUCUCCAGUAACAGCAUUGGCGAUGGAGGCGCCAAGGCCCUAGCGGAGGCCCUGAUGGUGAACCAGGGCCUGAAGAGCCUGGACCUGCAAAGCAACUCCAUCAGUGACCCGGGAGUGGCAGCGCUGAUGGGGGCCCUCUGCGCCAAUCAGACGCUCCUCAGCCUCAACCUUCGAGAAAAUUCCAUCAGCCCGGAGGGAGCCCAGGAUCUGGCACGUGCUCUCCGCACCAACAGCACCCUGAAGAGCCUGGACCUGACAGCCAACCUCCUCCACGACCAGGGCGCCCAGGCCGUCGCAGAGGCAGUGAGGGAAAACCGCACCCUCACGUCCCUUCACCUGCAGUGGAACUUCAUCCAGGCCGGCGCUGCCAAGGCCCUGGGACAAGCACUACAGCUCAACACGAGCCUGACCAGCCUCGAUUUACAGGAGAACGCCAUCGGGGACGAAGGUGCCUCUGCGGUGGCCAGCGCGCUGAAGGUGAACACAGUCCUCACUGCUCUCUAUCUCCAGGUGGCCUCCAUUGGUGCUCCGGGGGCCCAGGCACUCGGGGAGGCCCUGGCUGUGAACAGAACCUUGGAGAUUCUAGACUUAAGAGGAAACACCAUCAAGGUGGCCGGAGCCAAAGCCCUGGCGAAUGCUCUCAAGGUCAAUUCCAGUCUCCGGAGACUCAAUCUUCAAGAGAAUUCCUUGGGAAUGGAGGGGGCGAUAUGCGUUGCCACUGCACUGUCUGGAAACCACGGGCUCCAGCACAUCAAUCUCCAGGGAAACCACAUUGGAGAGUCUGGUGCCAGGAUGAUCUCAGAGGCUAUCAAGACAAAUGCUCCCUUGUGCACUGUGGAAAUGUGAGCAAAACAAGUUCCUGGUGGAUCCGGUAGACACACAGCUGAAAGCUUUCCAACAAAAGGACCAUUUCUCAAGGGUGCCUUCCUGCGGUCUGGGAAUGAUGCUGACCCCCAAGAGUGCUGGUCUCCUGCAAGGAGGCAGGAAAGGUGCUGCCAGAGGAGGAUACGAGCCCUUCUCCUGGUCCAGGGUCAGUCCAGGCAGGGGAGAGAUGGACGCCCCACUACAGCACGGAGCACAGAUGGUCUUCUGCCAAGGGACUCAGGGAUGGGUCUCAGAGCUCAGCAAGAAGCCAGUCAGCGCCUAUUUAUAUCCUGGGGUCUUUAACGUGCCCCAACCUUUUCUUAUCAUGACUGCCCUGGAUAAAAUCACUCCUUCACUCUGAAAUGAACUGCCGUCUUCAAGCCCAUGAAGAGUGUCAAUUUGGCAUCAGUGACAGAGGGAACAUCUUUUUUCAAGGAGAAAAGCCUACAGGAGUAUGAUCUUUAGAGUCAUAUGGAAAAAUAAGGAAAAAAUUUUUGAAGAGAAAGGAAGGCUUUAAUUAUAGGAUUCUGGAGCACAGACAAAAAAAGUUCUCCAAGGUUUCUGUCAUCUUUCACCCAUUACAAACUCUCUCAAAGGCAGAGAUUAUGUCCACUGUAUGUCACUUGGAAUCUGGCAUUGUGGUUAUCAAUACGAUGUUAAAAAUCGGUGUCUUCAUACUAUCUUUCUGUAUUAGGUUCCCCAAAGCACUUCUGCAUCUACAGCUUCCCCAUGAGAGCAAGACAGCCGAGCUUCCACAUGGCAUAAACUCCCUCAGAUGCCUUUCAAUGUUGGAAGGAAAACUAUUCCAAAUGAAUAUCAGGGGUUCUUCAACUACAUAACCAAGGAAAAUGGUUAUGGAAGCUAUAAUUAUCAUUUUUAAAUUUGAACACGAACUAUUGUUCCAAAUGUUUCUUUAAAAAUGAGUAUUUGGGCAAGAAACAUCAUUGGAUGAUAUAACCAUGAAUGAAAUCCUAUUAAGGGAGAAAAUCAUAGUCUCUGAGUAUCACCCCACAGAGAGGUAUUUACAAAGGCCCCAUAAAAAUGGAGACAUUUUGGGGAUUUCCUUGGCAUUCCAGAGGUUAAGACUCUGUGCUCGCAAUGCAGGGGGCGUGGGUUAGAUCUCUGGUUGAGGAAACUAAGAUCUCACAAGCUAAAAAAAAAAAAUAUGCUGGUAUAAUAAAUAUUUUUUUUAAAUGGAGACAUUUUGCAAACGUCACCUUGUCAAAGCAAUGCAACUCCACAUGACUGAUGACGAGAAAAAUGGGACACUCUGUACCCCCAGUGUGAUGGCUGAGAAGGACACAUCACUGAUGCACUAUUCCUGCCAAAAGCGUUUAUCUGAAUCUAAUCAUGAAGGAACAGUCGGACAAAAUCCAAAUUGAGGGGUACUCUGGGAAAAACUAGCAUGGCCUCUUAAAAAUCGUCAACAUCAUGAAGAAAACAAAAAGGCUGGGACUGUUUUAUUAUUAAGGAGUCUUAACAACUUAAGAGCUUUGAUUGGAUCCAAGACUAGAGGGGAAAGAAUCAGCUAUAAAUAACAUUAUUUGGAAGGCAGGGACAUUUGCUCAUAAGUCUUAUAUAAUCCUCACUAGAUUACUGGUUCUGAAAGGUAUUUUUUCUGGGUAUAGAAUUCCAGGAUGAUAGUCUUUUCUUUCAGCACUUUCAGGAGGUUGCUACACUGUCUUCUGGUUGGCACUUUCUGGCUGAGUUGAGAAGGUGAUGGACAAGAGUCACAGCAGGUCAGAUGCUGGGGACAGCUGUGCCUUGCAGGAAACUAGCACUGGAGAAACCUCAGGGGCUAAAAUGUGCUCUGCAGGGACCUCAACGCAAGCCACACUAGAUUUGGAAGGAGAGCCUCCUCCCUCCUUCAAAGUCUCUCAAGCAUCCUACUGACCAUGCUUAACAUGGUUCAGUCACCAAGUUGUGUCCCAUUCUUUGCAACCCCAUAGACUGCAGCAUGGCAGACCUCCCUGUCCCUCACCAUCUCCCAGAGUUUGCCCAAGUUCAUGUCCAUUGAAUUGGUGAUGCCAUC